AUGUCGAGUGUUGUCGUGACCAAGAACGAAAAUGUGUCCCUCUCUAGUCCAGCAUCUAUCAAUUCCGAGCUUUUCUCGCACCGUCAUAAAAAUGUUAUGACGUGUUCUAGUCAGAAUCUCCGAAAUGGUAACUCCAGAAGCUCUCAAACUAGAUUUUUGGAACCAUAUCCUGUCUCGCAUAGUGACAUCUUGGAACUUGACAAGAAUAGGCCGAGCACACUUAUCGGACAGCAUAGAGCUAAUUGGAAGUGUGAGGCAUGCAAAAGUAAGGAGCCGAAAGCAGGUAACAGCAAUACACCUAUUCAUGGCCAUGGCGACAAAGUUUCGCGGCGUCGAGGUGGUGUGGUGCUGAGCCCGUCCGAGGAGUGUGUGCCGGUUUCUUCCUCUGAAAAUACCGAUAGCAAGCAAUGGCAUAUGCAAUUGCUUAUUGAAGAAAUGCGCUUGUUUCGUAAGGAAUUACAGGAAAGACGUCGUGAGGUACAAGCGUUUAACGAAACAUUAGGCGCCAUUGUGACGCGAGUUGAUCUUUGUGAGGGCAGAUUAAACCAGUUGACCUCACGCAUGGACAAGAUAGAAUGUCACCAUCUAGAGCCAAACAGUAGUGAGGCGACGCUGUCUUGCACUAUUGACGCUUUAAAGGCAGAGUUGAAUGAGCGUGACCAAGAGCUACUCAUGAACGACAUAGAAAUUACAUGCAUACUGGAGCAAAAAGGUGAGGGUCUACAGCAUAUCAUGAUAUCCUUGGCGAAGAAAAUCGGAGUCCAACUGGAACAGCUUGAUGUGGUGAGCGCUGUUCGUGUUGGUCGGUCGCUGGACGUUAGUGGGGGCGGAGCUACGACCCGUCCUCGGCCCAUCGUUGUUCGCUUAGUACAGCGUGCCGUCCGAGAUGAACUGCUUCACGCGGCCCGUGUGCGUCGUGGAGCUACCACUGAAGGUCUAGAUCUCCCUGGCCCACCGCGUCGAUUUUACAUUAACGAGCGGCUGACGCGGACGAACCGUCUACUAUUUCGUCAGGCGCGUGAAAUUGGUGAGCGGUCAGGAUGGCGCUUCGUCUGGACCAAGGACGGAAAGGUAUAUUCCCGUAAGCAUGCUGCUCAAGGUGUUCCUCGUCAUCGUCUGCGUACUCAGAAGGAUUUCAUCAGAGUUUUUGGCCCUGAAGCCGUUGGAUCAUCUCAGGCCUGA